AUGGAAGAAGGCGAUAUGUUUGCGAGCUUAGGGGAUGGAAGUAUUCAAGUAGAUGGGAAGGUGUUGCAGACGUUUCAGAGAAGUUUCCGGCAAGUUCAGGACAUCCUAGAUCAGAACAGGUUGCUAAUCAACGAGAUAAACCAGAACCACGAAUCAAAGAUCCCAGAUAACCUGAGCCGAAAUGUGGGGUUAAUUAGAGAGCUGAAUAACAACAUAAGAAGAGUUGUAGAUCUAUACUCCGAUCUUUCUACUGACUUUGCUCGGUCAAUGGAAACAGCAACUUCCUCAGAUGGCGAAUCAACCGCAGUUUUGAAGACUAGUGGGAACAAUAAGCCCAGCCACAAGAGGAAUAGAUUUGACAAUUGA